GGUUGUGUUUCGCCWAAGCCGUGGAGAUUGCUGAGAUCUGGCGCCAGUGAUCAUCGGUUGACAAAUCAAGUUACGUUCGUCUUUGCUCAUUUUGAAAUUGUGCUAGUCGGAGUUUUUCGAACUCCUAACAUCAUGUAUAACAACGGAAACAAUGGGGGUAAUAAUGGGAGUAGUGGUGGUAAUGGMAACAAUGGGAAUGGAGGUGGUUGGGGAGGGAGAUCGAACGGUCUGCAAGCUAUGAAUGUGGGAAGUAUGGGCAUAUGGCAAGAGAGUGCUGGUCCAAGAGAGGUAGACCGGGAAGUCAGACGCUUGGUUGUCACGUCAUCAUCUGAAUCUGAAGAAGACACCACAUCGGCUAGUGACGACUCAACGGAUACGGAAGAAGAAGCUUUGAAGGUAUUCAUGAGGCUACGAGAAGCGAAGAGGAAGACGAAAAGCAAGAAGAAGAAGGUGAACACGAAGAUGACCACCAAGAAGGGACCUUGCAGAGUGCAGAAUGUUCGAAGCGCCUAUACACACCGCGGCGACGACACUGACGACGACACGAGCAUCGGCAACAACACGGCUCAGCACAUCGGAACGGCGGGCUACUACAAGACGGUGAAGAUGUACGGAGGCAACCAUUACGGUGGAGGUGGGUAUGGAAACCAGGGCGGGUACGGCACGGGAGGAGAUGGAAAUAUGGGCGGCGGUAAUAACGGGAACGUGGGUGGGGGCAAUAACGAGAAUAUAGGCGGUGGGAAUAACGGGGGCAGAACGUUGGAGACGAAUCUGAAUGAGAAGUGGAGACAACAGACGGUGCAGGCGGAACAAGCAGCGCAGAAGGCAGCGCAACAAGCGAUCCAGCAAGCAGCGCAGCUGGCGGCGCAACAAGCGGCUGAGCUAGCGGUGAGGGAAGCGACAGAGCGGGCUGCACAAGCCGCAGAGAGCAUGAGACGAGCGAGCGACUUUGAGCUCGAUCGGGACGGACGACGCGGGUCCGAUCGGGACGGACGGCGGGAACCGACCCGGAGUGGAAGGGGCAAGAAAACGACAUCGGUAGAGAGCGAGAACACGGACAUGGAGGGGAGUGACGACUCGGACUCGCAGUUUUCAGACACCGACGAGUCCGAUGAGAAGUUGAAGAAGGUUAUCAUCAAACUACAGAAGACUAGGAAGGCGAUGAGAAACCAACGGAAGGAGAAGGGCAAGAGACCGGCGGCACCUCCGAAGCAGCAAUUUUGUAAAACGGCGACUGAGAAAGGCGAAUCUUCCAGGGGAAAGCGGUACGUACCAUGUGAUGACGACCUGAGAUGUGCAAACGACAUCGGAGCAGGGUUUGGGGCGGAGGCGGAAGGUACGAGGGAUUACAGGACACCCCAGCGACCGGUAGGUAUGCGUUUCGGCCUGGGAAGGGCGGAUGAGGACCGUGACGUCUGUGACGAACCACGUACGCCACUAACGGGGGGGUACAAAGGACUGCCAGCCAAAAGCUCGACGACGGGCCUAAUCGAUUACUGUUUGGCCGCACAGAAGGUCUUCUCGACGAAGAAGGCGCCCGCACUCCAGAAGAUCUGCCAAAAGAAAGGGAUAAAAUAUACUAAGAAGCCAGAAGUGAUAGAUCUACUGGCACGAGAACAGGUGAUGACGGCCUACGAAGGUUUCAACGAAGGCGACCAAAGUACGGCAGGACAAUCGACCAUACGUCUUGGAGAUGCGACACCAACAGCUACUGGCGGGGAGCGACCGGGGAGCAGAGAUCGGGCACCGAGAUCGGCACCGGCCAGACUGAACUCAGACUUUACAAUGGAGGGGGAGAGACGGGAGUCUAGCUGACUACCUGCACCCCCAACGAACGCUGAGCUAUGGGAGCAUUUGAAGG